AUGUCGGCCAUUCUCACCGUCCUCUUUUCGAAGCGCCUACUCAUGUAUCUUUUCAAGUGCGAUUCGGACUACUCUCCUGAAUUGACCUACUUUGCUGUGCCAGUUAUUUUGUCCACGACGUGCUACUCUACAAUCCCGAUCAAGGAACCUUGCGUCAAGAAAACAUGCCCAAGCCUAUAG